AUGCUACGACCCUAUUUUAUCAUAGUUUGUGUUUUAGCAAAGCACAUAAGCUUUUCCUCGGCAGCUGAUGAAGUGAUUCGUCGCAAUACAAAUUAUGGCGUAAUAGAAGGAUUUGUUCGAGAAUUUCCAUCUUCAGUAAUCAUCGAGAAGUAUUUUGGAAUUCCGUAUGCUGCACCUCCUGUUGGCGAAGGAAGGUUGAGACCUCCUAGCCCGCACGAAACAUGGUCGGAUCCAUUGGAUGCCAGUUCUUUCAAAUCAUUGUGCCCUCAAAUAUCCACAAUCAACGGAGAAGUAAUAGGAGAAGAAGAUUGUUUGUAUUUGAAUAUUUACGUUCCUCGCAAGAACUACACAUCUUCUGAGAAGCCCCUUGCUGUAAUGGUUUGGAUUCACGGAGGAGGAUACAUGCGAGGGUCUGCGGACUUCUACGACGGCGAGUUAGCAUGGUUCGGUGAUGUUAUAGUAGUUACAAUGAACUACCGAUUGGGGGCUUUGGGAUUUCUAAGUGCGGGUGAUGGGAAAUCAACAUCUAACAUUGGAUUUCUCGACCAGAUUACUGCCUUGCAAUGGAUAAAUGAGAACAUAGAGAACUUUGACGGGGACAAGAAUCGUAUCACAAUAAUUGGUGAAUCUUCGGGCGCGGCAUCUACACAGCUCCAUGCAUUAUCAGCAUCUGCUCAUACCAAUCUUGACAAGCCACAAUUAUUCCACCGCAUUAUAUCAGAAAGCGGAAGUGCUUUUUCCGAUUUUGGGUUUGUUACCAACCCCAGCCAGAAUGCACGAUUUCUAUUCGAACGAUUAGCUUGUCCCACAUACUCAACCACUCUCGCAGUUGAAUGUAUCCGAGAAAAAACUGCCGCUGAAAUAAUGGUAGCAUCGAUUGGACUUUCAUUCGGACCAGUCGUUGAUGGCGAAAUUUUCCCUGCCACACCUCAGGACCUUUCUAAUGACCAAGAUAUUAUAUCCAGACUACGCGGAAAAUACGACUACAUUGUAGGAUUAAAUUCAUUUGAUGCACUGGUAUAUUAUUCACUACUUGACAAUGUUACGGACGCAGAUAAUUUCAACGAUUUUAUCGAACAAUUUCACGCAAAGGAUUUUAGAGAUCCAAGUAAAAUUGCAGAUGCUGUAUUUUUCAACUAUGUUGAUUGGACAGAACCCCUUCCCACCAAUGCUGAUGACUGGAAAUGGCUCGCUAUAAAUGCCACAAGAGAUUUUGAUAUUCUAUCACCAACUGUAAAUUUUUCAAAUCUCGCUUCAGAUGAAGAUGGAUUUAAUUCUGAUGUUUAUCUUUAUAUAUUUACUCCAAGGCCAUCAGAAGCGAUAGCCAACACAAAAUGGGCAUAUUCGCCUGAUGAGCAAUUUGAUUGGGUAACUGGUGCUAGACAUGCUGAAGAACUGGCAUAUGUGUUUGGUGUCCCAAUGUCAACAACUGGUUCGACAUUGGCAGAAGUAGAAGUUAGUCUUCAGAUGACAUCGUUUUGGGGAAACUUUGCAAGGACUGGAAAUCCAAAUCUUGGUUCAAAUCAAUCAGCAACAUUUUGGCCAAAGUAUAACAAAGUCGAUGAAAAAUAUAUGGUGUUUGGUACUGAUGAUCCAACCUCAAACAAUGUGACUAGAAUAAAUAAUUACCUUGAGUCUGACAAAACAACUUUCUGGAUAAAUGAACUUCCUUUAUAUGGUGAAGGAGAAGGUCUAGAUGAUAGUUACGAAUUUCCUCAAGGCAAUGUUACUUUGUUAGAAGAUGCUGUAGUUGAAACAACUGGUGGUUUGGUCAAAGGUCUUCAUUUACAGCGCGAGAAAUAUCUAAUGGACAGAUUCUUUGCAAUUCCAUAUGGAACUCCACCUUUAGGUGAUUUGAGAUUUACACGACCCACGGCGCAUCCGGGCUGGGAAGGUACUCUGAAUUGUGAUGAUAGAAGUUCUGCAAAACAGUGGUUAAAAAUAUGCCCGCAAAGAAAUGUAAGAGGAAACUCAAGAGUAGGACAAGAAGAUUGUCUCGUAUUAAAUGUUUGGGUACCUGGAGGAGUGGAAGCUGCAAAAGGUAGAAAAUUACCUGUUAUGGCAUGGAUCUAUGGUGGUGGCUUCCAGAUUGGAACAAGCAUUGGUUUCACAUUUUUCUAUGACAUGGAAAGACUUGCAGCACAAGGCAAUAUCAUUGGUGUCACUCUCAACUACCGCUUGACUUCCUUAGGAUUUAUGAGCACUGGUGAUGAAAAUUCCCCUGGUAAUUAUGGUUUGUUGGAUCAAGCUUUGGCAUUGCAGUGGAUACAAGAUAACAUUGCUAAUUUUGGAGGAGACCCAGAAAAAGUCACAAUAUUUGGAGAGUCAGCUGGAGGAGUGGCAGUUUCUCUUCACAUGUUGUCACCCAUAAGCAAACCACUAUUUUUACGUGGCAUAUCAGAAAGUGGACAGGCACCAUCAGAUUGGUCAUUUGGAAAGAAUCCAUUGUCUCAAGCUGAAAGGCUUGCGCAGAGACUUGGUUGCCCGACUGAUAACACUAAACUGUUGGUUGGAUGUUUGAGGAGCGUACCGUUGCCAUACCUUGUUUCAAAUAGUACUGGCAUUGGAUGGGGUGCAGUGGUUGACAAUUAUUUCUUGACUGAUGAUCCAACUACAAUCCUUCAUUUGUCAGCUGAUAAAGAUUAUAUGAUGGGUUACAAUAACAUGGAAGGACAUGGACAAAUGUCUGGACUUUUUCCAAGAUUAAAUUUCUCCCCAGAUCGACCAAAUUCAGACAUGGACAGGGAUGAUGUCAGAAGGGCGGCAAGACUGGCUUCCGCUAAUAGUAAUCAUGUUAUGGAGGCACUGGCUUUCAAGUUCAUCGAUUGGGAGGAGCCUGAAUCGACAUAUCUUUGGCCUCGUCUUGCAAUAACCGACUUGGGAACAGAUCCAUUCGUUUCUAUUGGUGCUUAUAUUAAUGCUAAUGUGAGAGCAGAGACUAAUAGCACUGGAAGGUCAUACAGAUAUAUAUUUGCUGAGUUGAGCAGAGUUCGACGCUUCCCAUACUGGGUUGGAUCAAAUCAUCUUAGAGAAAUGUUUUAUACAUUUGGUCAUCCCUUUGAAGCAGAUCGAUUUAAUGAUACUGAUAGGAAGUUGAGUCUGGCUAUGAUGACUUACUGGACAAAUUUUGCAUGGAGUGGAGAUCCAAGUUAUCCAAAUCAAGCAGAUAUUCCAAUUGAAUGGCCUGAAUAUACACUAGACAGUAAAUAUACUAUAUGGUUGAAUACAAGCAUGUUUCAAGAUCCUAAUCUUUAUUUAUUGAGUAAUUACAGGGGUGAUGUGUUACAUAUGUGGAGGGAGAUACAAUACAAAAUGAGAUAUUUGCCUCUAACAACUUGCCCAACAAAACUAUUAACUGCUGAUGAUAAAAAAUCUAUUGAAGAACUGAAGAAAGUUACGAGUGCAAUAGAGAUACCAGAAGUGAGGGCUACCAGUUGCCCAAAUCAACAGCUAAUUCGAAGCACAACAUCAGGGUGUGUAGAAGGUUAUGAGCAAGAUUGGAAUGGUCAUGCCAUUGAAAGAUAUCUUGGUGUGCCAUAUGCAGAACCACCUGUUGGUAGCCUUCGUUUUUCGAAUCCUGCUAAUAAAUCUUCAUGGAGUGAGACAUUGCCAGUUAAGGACUUCAGUAAGAUUUGCCCUCAAGGAAUCAGUUUUGAUGAUACUAGAAUGGAUGAGGAUUGUUUAUAUCUAUCAAUUUAUGUUCCAUCUCAAAAUUCUUCAUCUGUGACUUCUCUUUCUGUCAUGGUAUGGUUACAUGGAGGUGGACAUCAGAGUAAUGAUGGUAUGGGAUCAUAUCAAGGGGAUAUUCUUGCGGCACUUGGUAAUGUGAUUGUCGUGACAGUCAACUAUAGACUUGGGACCCUGGGAUUUUUAUCUACUGAUGAUAGCGCAGCUCGAGGAAAUUUUGGACUUUUAGAUCAACAAUUUGCAAUAAAAUGGGUCAAACACAACAUAGCAAAUUUUGGAGGAGAUCCAAAUCAAAUAACAAUUGCUGGUCAGUCAACUGGUGGACAAGAUGUUUUGCUGCAAACUCUCAGUCCAAUGAAUGAUGAACUAGGUAUCAAAGGAGCUAUAUUAGAAAGUCCUGCGAUAUUACCCUAUGAUGAUAUGUUACAACUUCAAUCAACAUUAAGUCUGGCAGAGGAAGCAUCAUGUGAUACAACAAAUGGGAAUGAAGAAAUAGUAAAUUGUUUAAGACAAUUGAGUGUCAGUGACUUGAUGGCAGCACAACAAAGGGCUGGAGUUGCAUUUACUCCAACAGUGGAUGAAAUUUUCAUGCCAGUACACCCAAGGGAGGCUGCAGUUGAAAGUCGAGUUAUUCAGUACAAGUAUCUUCUGGGUGCCAAUGAUGGCGAUGGGAGCAUAGGCUGGGUGACAAUCAGAAAUGUCAAUAAUGAAGCUGGUUACACCGAAUUCAUCAACAACAGAUUUCUUGAUACUUAUGGCUGGAGAACAACUUCUAUCAGUGAACAAUAUGGACAUUACGAAGACUUGCAAUUUUUUAAUGAUGAUCAGAAAAUUCAGAAAAGUCUGUUGCAACUAUUUGCUGAUGAAAUGUUUAUUUUUCCAACACAUAAAUAUGCAUUGGAUUACUCAGAGUUUGGAGCCGAUGUUUAUUUCUACUAUUUUACUUAUCCUCAUUCAAUGGGUCCGCUUCCAUCAUGGGCUGGAGCACCACACAGUGCAGAAGUCGAUUUUGUAUUUGGUCGAGUGAUAGAUGAUGAUACGGAAGAAGAAACUGUUAAAGAGUUGAGUAGAAAUAUGAUUGGAUACUGGACAAAUUUUAUAAAAACUGGAGAUCCAAACCUAAAUGAUGCCGGUGUGACCCUUCCUGAAUGGACAGAAUUUAAAAAACUUGCAACAAAUAGAAAUUACAUGAGAUUGGAUAUUGGAAAUUUGACUUAUGCUGCCAAUAAUUUACGGCCAACAUGGGAUGCAUUCUGGAAUGAUUAUAUGCCAAGACAAAGUGUGUAUUGUGAAGACAAUACAGUGCAGGUUACAACAACUUUACCACCACCUAUUACCAACCCCACUGAACCUGAGGUCGUUACAAGUUUGGGUCAUAUUAGGGGGAGGCGUAUGAUAAAUGAGCAUUUUGAUGUCCAUCAAUUCCUUGGUAUUCCAUAUGCUAAACCACCAUUAGAGGAGUUAAGAUUUGCAAAAACAGAAAAACCAACAGAAUGGGCAACAACACUAGAUGCUACAAAUCCCAAGCUUCCAUGUCUUCAGUUUAAUGACAAAAACAAUAUCAUUGGAUCAGAAGAUUGUUUAUAUCUCGAUGUAUACAUGCCAUCUGGAAUUAUUGGGACCAAUUCCCAUUCAAUGCCAAUUAUGGUAUGGAUACAUGGAGAUGCAGAUGCAAAGCCAGGAAAGGCAGGAGGAAGUUUUUGGUCUGGUGGUGGUAGUCCUGGAACCAGAGAAAAUGCAAUUGAUCCAUCAUAUUUGGUAUCUUUUGGGAAUGUUGUCAUUAUACGACCCAACUACCGCCUUGGUGUGAUGGGAUUCCUUUCAACUGAAGAUGAUGUCAUGAAAGGAAAUUAUGGAUUGUGGGAUCUUAAAACUGUUAUAGAAUGGACAUUCGACAAUGCUCAUAAUUUUGGAGCUGAUCCAAACAAAUUGACAUUGUUUGGACAGGGGUCUGGUGCUGCAGCAGCAGAGAUAUUGGGAUCUCUUCCAUCUACUUCAUCAUAUGUGAAAAGAGUUAUAAGUCAAAGUGGAUCUGCAUUUUCACCUUGGGCAUUUUGUGACCAUAGCAAUUCAUGUGGCCAAACUACCAUUGACGUAGCAGCAUCCGUUGGAUGUGGAAACGUUGAUUUGAGUGAAGAUAUCCUCCAAUGUUUACAAACAACAGAUGCUGUAAAUAUUAUGAAUGCAGUACCUUUGAUUCAAAUUGAUGGUAGCAGUGAUCACGACUUCAACUUGUGGGGAAUGUGGAGAAUGAGAAAAGAUGAUGAUUUGAUUCCUGUAGUGGACUUACAACAGUUGUUUGCUAACAGCUCUGACUUUGACUAUCUGGCUGGGACAACAAGUCAUGAGUUUUAUUAUUAUUUGAAGGCUGCAUAUCCCAAUAUAUCUAUAGUGCAGCAAAAUGAUGGUGUUCUUGGCACUGCAGUUUCAGAUACGCACAGAUUUUUAUAUGGAAAUUCUUUUGAUGUAUGGUCGCAAGAAACUUAUGCAACUCUUUUGCAUUCUUAUACACCAUGGCAAGACCCAAAUAAUGAAGAACUGUUGCAACAAUCUGCUGUGGAAUAUUACAGCGAUUUUAUGUUUAAAGUCUCAUCUUCAAAAGCAAUUGCUGAAAUAGCAAGGACAACAAGCAAAAAGGUAUAUCAAUACCUUUUGACAAGAAACUUGAAAAUGGAAACAUCUUGGAUUGGUGGCUGCCAUGGUGAUGAUGUAAUUUAUGAAUUUGGAAUUCCGAUCACAUCACCAGAUAUUUAUUCAGACGAAGACAGAAAAUUUAGCCAAGCUAUUAUAUCACGAUGGACAAAUUUUGCGUGGUCUGGCGAUCCAAACACAGCCUACUCUACCACAAAAUGGAGACAUUAUUUGCCAGACUCAACAAAUUAUAUCGAAUUAGACUUGGGGAGAAGUUUGAGAAGACAAAAGAACUUGAAUGCCGAAAAAAACGCGCUUUGGAAUGAUGUUGUGCCUAUGUUUCCACAGGAUUCGCCAUCUCUUCCGACUGCAUCUGCCACCACCGAAUCCAUGAAUCCACCAACAGAAAAACCACCAACUGAAGCUCCACCGCCAGAAAAUUGUGAAGAAUUGGUGGUCCCACCCAUAGGAGAAGGACUUGGUCUAAAUUUGACUCCAGUGGAGGCAGACACUGCUAUAUAUGUAAUGUUCAGUGUGUGCUUAAGCUUGGGUACUAUACUAAUACUGCUUGUGUUAGUUUGGUUUAUUAAAAGUCGCAGAGCAGUGGAGAAAAGUAAAGCCAAAGUUCCUGAAAACGGUGGGAAAGUGAAUGGUGCCUAUGCUCAUAGUGGUACGAAAGUAUCUGAUAAUGAGAAAGUUGUAUCUUCUUUGUGAUCUAAUUAUGUUUUUCAUCUUUAUAUAUUCUUUAGCUAUAAUGAGUGUUAAUUCUGUUUUGUACCAAUUUUUCAUAACCAUUGAGAUUAAGCUUUGUAUUUUUUGCCAAAUGUUGUUAUGGAUCAAUUAAACUUCAUCUUAGUUAAUAAUAACUGUGUGAUCGCAUCGCCAGGGCGUUGGAG